AUGGAGUCUGUAAAAAAAGAAAGAAAAAGAGUGAUUCCUAAACCGGAUAUAGUACCACAGGAUAUUAUAAAAAAUAUACAUACAUCAGAAAAAGCAAUGAGGAAUGUAGAAAUGUUUAAUACUCUUGUAUUAAUAGUUGAUAAAAAAUACAACAAGAGACAGAUUAGAAAUGCUAUUACUAAGUUAUAUGGAUGUCCUUGUAUAAAAGUUAAUACACUUAUUGACUUUAAGGGCAGAAAGAAGGCCUACGCUAAGUUUAAAAAUGAUGGGGAUGCUAUAAAGAUUGCUGGCCAAUCUGGUGCUAUCUAA